AUGUGGGCGUUUCUGUUCCUAUGGAUGACACUAACCAUCGUUACAUUUCUGAUGAUCCUCGGAAGAUGCACAAUUCUGAUUUAUCUUGUCUUUUGUGUCCCAAUCCUCACCACAAUUCUCUACUUCAUUUUCAAAAAUGAUACUUCUGCAUCAAGUGCUCUCUUUUUCAAAAAUUUCAAUUUCGGGGGUCAUCGUGGAUCUCCAGAAAGAGCUCCUGAAAACAGUAUUGCAAGUUUUAUGAAAGCGAAAGAAGAUGGAUGUGAUCUUGUAGAAUUUGAUAUUCAUAUAUCAGAAGAUGGAGUCGCACUCUUGAUGCAUGAUGACACAACAGAAAGAACUGGAAACGCUGAUUUGAAAGUAGAGAAAACAUCAUGGCCAGUAUUGGAAGGAAUCGAUUUGAAACCUGUUAACAAUGUAUCAGCCAAGAUUCCGAAGUUACACGAAACAAUUGAUUGGUGUGUUGAGAAUGGAAUGAAAAUGCUAUUUGACAUGAAGAAUGACAAUCUAACUUUGAUUGAACACAUCGCAGAUGAAAUCAAGAAACGAAAUAUUUAUGAUAAAGUGUUGGUGAGCAGUUUCAAUCCAGUUGUUCCGUGGAGAUUGAAGAAAAUUGACCCGAGAAUUAUCACAGGAAUCACAUUGGAUCGUUCCUAUUACUCAUACAGUGAUGAUCAUCGUAAACUUCCGUUCACUACAAACAUGUUUGCUCAUUUUUGGAAUGAGAUUCUAGAUGAAAUCAAUAUGAUCAUUCAACCCCUUUAUAUACUACCGAAAUUUCUUGGAGUUGAUGUGGUUAUGAUUAGUUUUCGAUUGAUUUCCGAGAAUGCUGUUCGAGAAUCAAACGAAAAAGGAUUUUCAGUGAUAUCGUGGACAGUCAACGAUCCUGAUUAUAUGAAAAUUCUGGCAAAGCUGAAUGUUCCAUUUCUAACAGAUAUCAGUUCUCAAGUUGAUCGAAAGACUUUCAAAUCAAAAUGA